ACGAUCAUGAGGGGUUAUUUGCCCCUCUCUGCUUGCCACACAUUGAGGCAAAACAUAUGAGUGAAAUAACUCAGAGCUUUGUGGACCCAGGUCUGAAGAGACUGUGAAACCAGAGGAAGCUUUCUUUCUGCCAUCCCAAAUCAAAUUUGCUUGAUGUUGUGCAAUCGUACCAGUGGGAUGCCUCGAGGAGACUUCAACAUCUAUUUUGCCAGCGGCCGAAGAGGAAAUGUCAGAGUUGAGGAGGCGGUGGGCAUAGCUCUCCUGGUGGUCAUCCUUGCAGGCCUCUUCAUCCUGGGCUGCUGGUACUUCAAGAAGAGGAGCGGCUACAGAAUAAUCAGGCAGAGCUCCAGAUCUGGAUCACCAGGGUAUACAGGAGGCCAGUACUCUGAGGACGGAGCUUCAGCAGGGAACAAAAUGCCUCUCACGGACUUUGGCAGCAUCCGAUCUGUGAUUCCUAAUGCUCCUCCAGCCUAUGAAAAGAUGCCUUCAGAACAACUGCCACCUCCCUACUCACCCUAAAGGAGGAAAGCUCAAGAUAUCUACAGAAACAUGGGGAAAGGCCAUCCUCAGAAUGUAAACUGUUGUCUAAUGAAAGUGCAUGCUACUGUCAACAUAAUGCAUUAUAGCUAAAUACAAAGAUAUGAGCAACAAAUAUUGUACCACUUACUUUGUAAAAACCACUUUACACAUGAAUAAACAAUUUAUACACUGAAAAACAAUAAGCUUCCUAAAUAACAGGGAAAAAUGAAAAAAAAAUCACAAUUCUGUGAAAAAAAUAACCCAAACAAAACAAAAAAAC